AUUAUUAUUAUUUUUUGGUACUUGGGGAUCGAACUCAGGACUUGUGCUUUCGGGGCAAGCUCGGUGCCAUUGAGCUUAAUCCCUGGCCCCACCCUUCUUUUAUUAUUAAAAGGUUAGUUGGGGGUGCUUUGGGAGGUUCGAAAUGCAUUAUGGAUAUUUCCAUUAUUUCUUAUGGGGAAAAUAGUCUUGACUUACAACCAACCUGAGUUACAACCAGCCCUCUAGAAUGAAUUGAGUUGGUAAGUCAAGGGUCCACAGCUUGCUGCAAAGGCAGAGUUCUAGGCACCAGAGAUAAAGUAGUGAACAAAAUAGACAUCAUCUCUGUGCUCCUGGAGCUUACGUUUGGAUGCCAGUUUGGAGAGAAGGGAGACCAUAAAGAAACAGAUGACAGGUAGUAAUAAUUGUUAGUGAGAAAAAAGCAAAUUAAGGGAGAAAAGAUGAUGAGUGGGUGUCAUUUUGGACGCAGUGGUCAGGAAAGACCUGACCAAGUAACAUUUGAACAGAGGCCUCUACAGGAAGUAAAGAAUGGCUAGCGCAGGUAUGAGGGAGAAGUGUUUCUGGUGGAAGGCCCAGCAGCACAGGGGUGCUGAGGUGGGUGAUGCUUGCUGUUUGAGGAAAUGAAGAAGGUGAGGUAGGAGUGCUUGGACGGUGUGGCUAGCGUCAGGAGAGGGUAGAGGAUGAGGCCCUACCGGACCUUGCAUGUCCUGAAUAUUUAGGGUUUUAUUCCGAGAUGGGAGCUGUUGGGAGGUUUUAAGUGGAGGUGUGACAUAAUCUCACAUUUUUAAAAACUGAAGAACAAGUGUGCUGAGUGGAGGAUCUGAAGAAAAUGGCUGUUACAUGGCAGUGCUAAGGGGAGGACUCUGAGUUGGAUUUCCUGGGGUCAGAUUACUAAAUUAUUGGGUCUCUUCUCAUCUGUAAAUUGAGGUUAGUAAAAGGUGGUCAGCCAACCAGCGUUUAGUGCGCAUGAGCUGCUGUUGUUCAUCCCAUAAGGGUCCCUGGUGGGGAAGAGUAGGCUGGGGUCUUAGGAAAAGCAGCACACGUUGUGGGGCUGCAGAGUGGAGCAUGAUGGGAGUCUCCAGGGACAGCUGGAUAGAGGGGCAGUGGGUUUUGCAUGAAGGGGAUGUAGCAGCAGAGAUUAUUUCUGCUGUGGAGCCCUAGUGACCAGUGACGAGCCCAGAGCCAUUGAAGUGGAGUAUAGCCAGCCAGAGGACAGGGGCAUAGCUGGAGGUGCUGAGAGAGGGCCGGUCCUGGGGACUGGGGGCUGAGCCUCAGGACCUUAUUAAUGAUGGGGGCAGCUGACACCCAGUGCUAAGGAGGGGAGCAGGUGUCUUGCCUGAGGGAGAUGUAGUGGUUUUGGAAGUGGCCCUGCUGAGGAAAACCCCACCAGGCCAGCUCUGUCUUACAGUUUUCAAAAGCCCUGGGAGGACUCAGAGGUCCCCUGCAGGAGGGGAGCAACUUGCUCUCUGGGUCAGGCCAGCAGGGCCAGGGUUGGUUGCUGAGCCCACUUCCACUGAAAGCCAUGGCAGCUUCUGGAGAUGGCAAGCAGGGACUCAUUUGCAACACUGCCAGAAAGGAGUCCCAAUGCCAGGGGCAAAAUGGCCUUGAUCCAGAGGCUCAGCAGUUUGUUCUCAGCAAGCUCUUUUUCAGCUUGGGGACUCUGGACUGGAGGGGCUGGGGAUACAAGGACCUAAGGCCACAUGAGCUCAAUAUCCUCUUGCCUGGGGGCUCAUUGACAACCUGUCCCAAGGGGUCAUCUUGUGUUCACAGCCAAAGGUUUGAGUGUGGGCCACCCUCAGGGUCCAGGACCUGGGGACAAAGGCUGUAGUGUCUGGGCGAGGCUGUAAACGGGGCCUUUGAGAGAUUCCUGCUGCAGCCUGCUUGUACUUCUGGAUCCAGCCCUGAACUGGAGAGUGUAUGGAGGGUGCAGGAGAACUCCCCGGCACAGCAGGCGGGCCUGGAGCCUUACUUUGACUUCAUCAUCACCAUUGGGCACUCACGGCUGAACAAGGAGAAUGACACACUGAAGGCCUUGCUGAAGGCCAACGUGGAGAAGCCUGUGAAGCUGGAAGUGUUCAAUAUGAAGACCAUGAAGGUGCGCGAGGUGGAGGUCGUACCCAGCAACAUGUGGGGUGGCCAGGGCCUACUGGGUGCCAGUGUGCGCUUCUGCAGCUUCCGCAGGGCCAGCGAGCACGUGUGGCACGUGUUGGAUGUGGAACCAUCUUCACCAGCUGCCCUGGCUGGCCUGUGCCCCUACACAGACUAUGUGGUGGGCUCAGACCAGAUCCUCCAGGAGUCUGAAGACUUCUUUUCGCUCAUCGAGUCUCACGAGGGGAAGCCCUUGAAGCUGAUGGUUUAUAACUCCGAGUCUGACUCCUGCCGGGAGGUGACAGUAACUCCCAACGCAGCCUGGGGUGGAGAGGGCAGUCUGGGCUGUGGUAUUGGCUAUGGGUAUCUACAUCGGAUCCCAACGCAGCCCUCCAGUUACCACAAGAAGCCACCUGGUGCCCCACCGCCUGAUGCCCUGCCACCUGGUGCCUCUCUACCUGAUGUCCCAUCACCUGUGCCCACUCCCCAGGACUCUCCUGGCCAGGAGAUGGGUUCCAGGCAGAGUGACUACAUGGAGGCCCUACUACAGGUACCUGGUUCCUUCAUGGAGGAACAGCUCCCCGGGGCUGAGAGUUCUGGCCACAGCGCUCCAGACUUUGGGGGACUUCCGGAGAUUCCUCUUCAGCCUCCACCUCCAGUGCAGCGAGUCAUGGACCCAGGCUUCCUAGAUGUGUCGGGCAUUUCCCUCUUGGACAGUGGCAAUGCCAGUGUGUGGCCCAGCCUGCCCUCUUCUACAGCAGUCUCAGCCUCAGGGCCAGAGGAUGUCGGCUCCAGCAGCAGUUCUCACGAGCGGGGUGGUGAAGCCACAUGGUCUGGCUCAGAGUUUGAGGUGUCUUUCCUGGAUAGCCCUGGAGCCCAUGUCCAGCCAGACCACCUGCCUCAGCUGACUCUUCCCGACAGCCUCAACUCUGCAGCCUCGCCAGAAGACGGGCUGUCUGCAGAACUGCUAGAAGCUCAGACUGAGGAGGAGCCUACGAGCCUGGAGAGCUCAGAUGUCACGGCAGCGGCUGAGGGGCCGGCCAGCCAGGCCGAGAUCUCUACCCCAGAAUUAUACUCUGGGCUGUGACAAGGCUUCUGAAGUAAUUUCACCAGCUCUGUGCCUGAUCCCAGCCCUGUGUCCUGCAGCUCCAUGUGACAUGCAAAGAUUCCUGCUGGCAGGGGCUCUAGUGUCUACCUUAACAGUGUUUGUCCUGCCUGGUGGUCCUGGGCUGGAGGGUUUCAAAGAGGACUUUGGUGGUGCAGGGCUGGGAGCAGCACCCAGCUUCAAUAUUUUGCAAGAGUUGGGAUAGGAGAGGCAUAUGCAGCCUCUGAGAGUAGAAACAGGAGGUCACACCCCUUCAGAACCAGUGCCUGUCCUGUCACUGAGGCUCCCCAGGAGGCAGCAGGUCCAGUCAUGAUCAGUGUGAAGAUGGAGUGAGGAAGGGGCUAGUAUCAAGUGUUGGCCACAUCACUUUGUAAGGCUGGCCUUUACCCUUCCUGUACAGCUCGCAGUCCCAUCUGUACUGGAAGGGUCCCCAAGCUCUAGGAACCCCCCCCCACACCCCCGGUCCCAAUCACUGACUCCAUCAAUGACUUUGUCCUUAUGGUACAGUGUGGCUGCUGGCUCAGGUUGGCUCAUGCUGGCUCAUGCCAGUCAGCACCAAAGAGAGGCUGCAUUUGCCCACCUCUGGCCUUCAGCAGAGUAGCACUGACUAUCUCUUCCUCCAGCCUACAAGCACUCAUCUAGUGUCCCCAGUGGUGACUCCUGUAUCAGUCAAUGUUUAUAACAGAAACAGAUGUAACAGGAGAUAUAUAAAUAUAUAUAAGAAUUUCAAGAUUGGGUUACAGUGGCCACCCACACAGUUGGAUGUGGAAGAGUGCAGAGGAUCUGUCUGCACACUGGAGACUGAAGUAUCCAGUUGAAGGUCUGGAGCUCACAACUCCCCAUCAGAAGGCUGAUGGGUCUGUGCCGGAAGUUGGAGUCUGUGCUGGAAGCCAGGAGAUGAUGUCCAAGGUGAAGGUGAAGACUGGAGCUCCUCGAAGAAACAAAAGCAGAUCUUCCUUCAUUUCCCCUUUAUACCACCUAGGCCACAAAUCACACUAGGGUGGGUCUUCCACACACUAGGGUGUGGACAUGCCAAGCCAAUUUAGUUGAGUUUCUCUUAUUCAAGUUGACACAGUCAACCAUCACAGCUCUCAAACAUAAACAAUCGCCUCUCAAUAUACACGGCACCCAGCCAACCAUAACGGUGAAGAAAAGUUAGAGAUUUCAGUUCACCAUCCUAAGUAAACUGUCAAGGUAGCCCACCACCUGACUAGGCUUCUUCACAGAGCCUCAACCCCAGGAGCAAAUCAGGGGCCCAGACAAGUGUGGGCAAGGGUCCUGCUGUUCUUUUCUGUAGUAUGAAGGAAGCUGUUCCCCAACCCCCAAGUGCCUUUGGAUGGCCCCUCAUCGACCAAAGUCCUCUGCUGCUCAAAUGGAGUCCCUCACCUCCCAUCAUUAUCUUCCCUCUUUCUAGUUACCAGGAAAGCUGCUCCUUGCCUUGUAUUCCAGCAUCCGCCUAGGGGAAAGUGUUGCUGUUAUAGCACCAUUUGUAAUAUAUGCACAUACAGGGAACGCACAGGCUCCCCUGCAGGACAAGGACUCUGCUCUGGGAGGCACAGAUCAAACUUGAGUGCCCAAGGCCCCAAAUUAGCAAACACAAAGUUUCAAGAACUAACUACUUUUAAAGCCAGCCCUUGUCAAGCCUACCCUAGCAGCUGCAGAACAGCGAGGGGUUGUGUCCUGAAUUGUCUAGGAGCCCAGUGCUGGUAUGCAGGAAUGCAGGAAGCAGAGCGGAUCCCACAGGGCUGUGCUGGGGCCAGCUUUCCUGAGUCCUGUAGCCUGGCAGUCUGGCCUCCUGCUAACCCUCACUGGCAGGUCUGGUUCUUCCUCUCAUUACUUUUACUUCCCCCUUAUAAGGGUACCUGUGCUAAUUAUUCCCAGGGUGAACAUGAAACCAGAGGUUUUUCUGUGAUCUACUAUGGAGGAAAAUGGCAAGUGAAAAAAAGUGUACUACACUUUGAAAUAUUUUAACUAAAUUCUUUAUUCUAUACAACUGAAAUACAGAUUUUUACCCUU